CCUCACGUUUGGCUAGGUUUUGAAUAGAUCCUUGCCUGGGAGCUUUUAGCGAGCGGUCUCUCUCAUGAGGUAUGAAAUCUCUCUCGAUUCGCGCAGAUCGGUCGAAAUCCUCGCAUUUCCAGGCGCCGCUGUGAUCGCUGUGAUCGCCGCCGCCGCGAAUGAUGAAGCUCGUCGAGAACAAUGUCCUGGUCGUGCCUCCGUUCGACUGCGCGUGGCUGUUUGAGGAGGAGCUCCGCUUCCCAGAGGCUGGCAGGGGCUGCGUAGCAUUCGAGGCCAGGGCCGAGAACGAUGUCACAGUGAUCUUCAAGGAGCUCGCCGGGUGUAAACACUACAGGACCGAUAGCGAUCCAAACUACACGGUGAUUAUCGGGAGCAACUUAAACAAGAGGCUCAAGAUCGCCGCCAAUGGAAGAACUGUGGUGGAUGUGGCUGGUCCGGUGGUGAGUCCUCUGGUUUUCGAGCGCUACUGGAUCAGUGUGGACGAGGGAUCGAUCGUGGUGGGAAAAGGAGAGCUCGGGCAGAAUGUGGUCUACCAGUGGGUUGAUCCAGAGCCGAACUGUAAGGUCCAGUUCGUGGGACUUAGCAGCUGGGACAAGCACGUCGGAUACAGGAACAUCAGUGUCGCUGCUCUUCCGCCAUGCCUCUACAGGACAACCUCGGCGAUCGAUUCUCAGUGGAGCACUGGGCUGGCCAACUUUCUGGAGAGCGGGGACUUGUCCGACUUUGAGUUCGUGCUCUUCCCGGAGAAUAGAAGAGUUUGUGCUCAUCGGGCGGUUCUAGUCACUGGAUCCAGCUCCAAGGAGUGUCCGUUUCUGACGACGACGGAGCUGGUGUUACACGGCGUUGAUUAUUUGGUGCUGCAUGCUGCUCUUCGUUACGUCUACACUGGCAAGGCGGAGAUUGGCAAGGAGCACUUGGUUCAGCUGCGUGGACUCGCUGAACUGAUUGGCUUCCAGAAUUUAGCCGCACAAUGCAAACAGCAUAUAAGGGAAGUUUCUUACGAUUCUUCAGGAGAUUUGGUGCUUUUAACAAUGCACUGCUACGAUACAAAUUCUCCGGUGCAUGUGAAUCCAGCCGCUUUCACCCGCAUGCUGUUGACUGGGGAUUUGAGCGACCUUGAAGUUUAUCUCGAAGAUUACGAUCUAUGCUUGCAGCUGCAUCGACUCGUCUUGAGUGUAUGGAGUGCUCCAUUUGCGAAGAUGUUUACUAUUGGUAUGAAAGAGAGCAGCAGAACACGAGUAACCAUCAAGGACGUUCACCUUGACGCCUUCAUGACUAUGAUUCGGUUCAUGUACACUGGCCGCCUUGAUCUGGAAGGGAAGGACAAUGUGGGCUCUCUCUUGCUUCCUCUUCUUAUUAUGGCUGAUAGAUAUGGAGUUCGUGUUCUACAUCAGGAAUGCUUAGAUCAUCUCCUUGCCUGCGUUAACGAGGAUUCUUCAUGCGCUAUUCUUCAAGUAGCAUCUUCCAUGGCACGCUGCGAGACCCUGAGACAGGCGUGCGAAGAAAGCUGUGCCAAACAUUUUGACUAUUGUGUAGCGUCUUCCGCGACCGAGUUCACGGAACUGGACGGGCAGAGUGUUAUGAGGAUCCUGCAGCUCCCGGAUCUCCUCGUCACGUCAGAAGAGAAAGUUCUCGACGCAGUGUUUAUGUGGGGAUCAAAGAUGGAAGGGGUUCAGUGCUGGGAAGAUGCUGAUACAAAGUACAAAGUCGGUCUUCAAGUUAUAUGCCCCGACCGUGAAGAGGACUUGAAAGUAUUACUUCCAUUGGUUCGGUUUCCUCUCAUGUCCAUGGAGUUGCUUCAGCAGCUAGAUUCCUCCUCUCUCUGCGAAAAGCUACCACUUCUCCGACAGAUGGUGGGAGAAGCAUGCCAUUAUCUUAAACAAGAGUCCUUUGUUUCAGACGAUGAAAAGGAUUUGAUUCGCAGCUCAAAUCAAGGACGGUUCAUAAGCCUGCCAAAGAACGGGUUAUGGUUCACUAGAAGGUUUUCGUCUUAUAAAGAACUCAACUACCUUUGCGACGGAGACGGUAACGGUGUUCUUUAUUACGCCGGGACAUCAUAUGGAGCACAUGAAUGGAUGAAUCCUAUGGUCACGAAGCAAAUUACAUUAUCCGCAAGCAGUCCCCCUUCCAGAUAUACUGAUCCGAAGGUGCUUGCCUCUCGCAAUUACCAGGCUACGUCCUUCGCUGGACCAUGCAUUGAACGCGGAGAGACAGUCUCCUGGUGGAGAGUGGACUUGGGACCGGAUCACAAGUUGAUGUGCAAUUACUACUCCGUGCGACAGGACGGGUCCACGAACUUUGCUCGCAACUGGACAUUCCAGGGAUCGGGUGAUGGCGAGACGUGGACCGACUUGAGAAAGCACGAGAAGGAUCACAGUAUCUAUCGGCCGGCACAGUACGCGUCAUGGCCGGUUCACGGCUCGAAAUCUUUGAUCCCGUUCAGGUUCUUUAGAGUGCUGUUGCAGCAGCCUAUUGCAGCCGUGGCAGCACCUUGGAACUUGUCCAUAUGUUACUUGGAGCUAUAUGGUUAUCUCCACUAAAUGGAGUAUGGUUUUUCUAUAUCUUUGCAACAAAUCCUUCAUUCCAGCAAAGCUACAAGCUUACAUAUCUAGCCGCUCAGAUCUUGCAAGUUGCUUUGCAGGUGUUCUAUCUUGGCACUGCUCUUCUCAGUAUCACCAGCAAUCCACACAGUAGGAUGGAAAGACCUUUGUCAUUCUGACGUUGGUCGUCUACACAACAUUUUUAAUGGUUCCUCUAGAAAAAAUAAGGUUAUUAAUUUUCUUAUGGGAAUCCAUGGUCUGACUUUGAUUUGAAAGAAACUUGGAUCAACACUAAGAUCUCAAAGA